AUGGCCCUUCUCAGGGCAUAUGCAGCGACGUCUUCAUCAAAACAGGACCGUGCACGAGCGAUUGCCUUUGUAAGUGGAGGUAUAGCUAUUGGCACUGUCAUUGGACCGGCGUUCCAAUUGCUUUUCACUCCUCUUGGUUCGAACGGAGUCCGUGUUUUGCCGUUCUUACGGCUAAGCAUUUAUAACACACCAGCUUUAUUCGCAUUGUUGCUGAAUAUAAUGGGCUUUAUCGCUAUCGUAUCCAUCUUCGAGGAAAACUACGAUGUGCUGAAUUCAACGGAAAAGAAGGAUAACGACGAAUUGCCCUCACCUUGCAAGAUUGCAGUGCUCGUUUGUGUCUUCACCCGUUUUGUUCAGAUAUUUGUUUCAGCGUCAAGUGGGACGCUUGGAUCGGCUUUUUCAAUGUUGAUGUUUUCUUUCAACAAGGAAGAAGCCGUAACAGCAUAUUCAUCAGCAAACCUUGCUGCUGGUUGUGUCAGUAUUACACUCUAUUUUGCCUUCAUUUUCUUCGACCUGAAAAAAUGGGUACCUAAACGAAUAUCAACCGUUCUAUCGAUAUCUUUGUAUGCUUGUCUAUUCCUAUUCACUUUGCCGUGGUCAUUUCUACCGAAUAAUGUGGAAAUCUCUGAACAUGGAUCUGAUCGUGGUUGCUUCGCGGAUAGAUUCGACUGGUGUGCUGAUCUCAGAGCGGUCUCUCCUUUUUUUGAGGAGGAUUUGAAAGCCAACGUCGAGCUGAAAACAAAAGAAGCGGCACGGUCAGGAACACCAUGGACAUCAAUCUACCUUGCUGGUGGAUGCGCUUUCAUACAAGGUGCUCAAUUCGAUAUGUUUUCCAGUUCUAUGUGGCCCUAUCUAAAAAAGUUAAACCCUGAGGCCAUGGAAACCGAGUUUGGCCACAUCACAGCACUGUAUAGCUUUGGCCAAUGCAUAAUUUCACCUGCAUUUGGAUAUUGGAGCAAUCGUAUAGAGCAGGUUCGAUUACCUCUCCUGACUUGUUUUAUUUUUAUGAUGGCAGGGAAUCUUUCAUACUUUCUACUAGAAUUUUUUGCUCGUUCAAAUGUUGCUCACGUCAUGAUGGUGGCACGAUUCAUUGUUGGCUGUGGAUCAGGGAAUAUGGCUCUACUCAGUGCAUAUGCAGCAACAUCUUCGUCAAAGCAGGAUCGUGCACGAGCGAUUGCGUUUGUCAAUGGAGGAGUAGCUAUCGGCACUGUUGUUGGACCGGGCUUCCAAUUGCUUUUCACCUGUCUUGGUCCAGAUGGAGUCCAUCUAUUGCCAUUCCUUCGACUGAACAUUUACAACACACCGGCUCUAUUUGCUACAUUGCUGAAUAUAAUUGGCUUCCUUGCUAUCUCAUUCAUGUUCAAGGAAAACUAUGAUGUGCUGAACUCGAUAGAACAUAUGGAUACUAAAGAGUUACCUCCACCUAGCUUGAUUGCAGUGCUAGUUUGUGUCUCUACUCGUUUUGUUCAGGUAUUCGUUUCAGCGACGAUAGGAACGUACGUUUAUAAGAAAUGA